AAUGCAUGUCCUCAUCUUCCUAACACGCAUGUCCUUCCUAUUUAAAGCGAAGGCUUCAUCUCCUACCAGAUCACACCCAUCUGAUCACUGCCUGCAACAAAUCAUUGCCCCAACCUACAAUUGCCUCAGCCCCAAAGUGGCUUUAUCUUGAGGCUCUUCUUCAGGCUCUGUGUACCCUAAUAACUACAACCCCAAACACCAUGAAAAACCUAAUAUUUGAGGAGCCUGAAGUAGAUAUUCCAGGAUAUGCCUCAAGCGGUUUACGCUAUGCCUGGCAAUCCAUACGAGCCCCGGUGAUAAUACCGCUCCUAAAACUAGCAGUCAUAAUAUGCUCAAUUAUGUCAGUCAUGCUAUUUAUUGAACGAGUAGGCAUGGCACUCGUAAUUUUGGUGGUCAAGGUGCUGAGGAUUAAAAAAUACACCAAGUACAAGUUGGACGCCAUGAAACAGAACAUAGAGAGAAACAAAAGAUACCCAAUGGUGCUGAUCCAAAUACCUAUGUUUAACGAAAAAGAGGUUUACAAGCUUUCCAUUGGAGCAGUAUGCGGACUUUCUUGGCCAGGUGACAGACUCAUAGUUCAGGUUCUUGAUGACUCAACAAAUCAAGUCUUAAGGGAAUUAGUCGAAUUAGAGUGUCACAAAUGGAUUGAGAAAGGUGUGAAUGUCAAGUAUGAAACAAGGAGCAAUCGCAAUGGUUACAAGGCAGGUGCCCUAAAAGAGGGAUUACAGAAGCAAUAUGUUGAGGAUUGCGAGUUUGUAGCAAUAUUUGAUGCAGAUUUCCAACCAGAUCCAGAUUUUCUUUGGAAGACAAUUCCUUACCUUCUUGAGAACCCAAAGUUGGGUUUGGUUCAAGCAAGAUGGAAAUUUGUUAAUUCAGAGGAAUGUAUGAUGACGCGGCUUCAAGAGAUGUCACUUGAUUAUCAUUUUAGUGUUGAACAGGAAGUGGGCUCCUCAACAUACUCAUUCUUUGGAUUUAAUGGAACAGCGGGAAUUUGGCGGAUUCAAGCAAUAAAAGACGCUGGAGGAUGGAAAGACCGGACCACAGUGGAAGAUAUGGACCUUGCAGUUAGGGCAAGCCUGAAGGGUUGGGAAUUUGUUUUCGUCGGCGAUGUAAAAGUCAAAAAUGAACUACCAAGUACAUUUAAAGCAUACAGAUAUCAGCAGCACAGGUGGUCAUGCGGUCCAGCUAAUCUCCUUAAGAAAAUGACAAAAGAAAUCCUCUUCUGCAAAAGGGUAUCGCUUCUGAAGAGACUUCAUCUUAUCUAUGCUUUCUUCUUUGUGAGGAAAAUAAUUGCACAUUGGGUGACGUUCUUCUUUUACUGCAUAGUAAUACCAGCUUGUGUGGUUGUUCCAGAAGUAAGUCUCACAAAAAAAGUUGCCAUAUAUAUCCCAGCAACCAUUACAAUUCUAAAUGCAGUCUCCACCCCAAGAUCAGUGCAUCUACUAGUACUCUGGAUACUCUUUGAGAAUGUCAUGUCACUCCAUCGAACUAAAGCAGCAAUUAUAGGACUAUUGGAAGCAAACCGUGUCAAUGAAUGGGUUGUGACAGAGAAGCUUGGAAAUACGAUGAAACAAAGAAACAAUGCUAGGCCAUCAACAUCAAGAAGUCCAUGGUUUCGAAUUACAGAAAGGAUCCACCCAUUGGAGAUUAUCGUUGGGAUGUAUAUGUUGCACUGUGCAAUCUAUGAUCUACUCUUCGGACGCGAUCAUUUCUAUUUGUAUCUGUUGUUGCAGGCAGGGGCUUUCUUUACAAUGGGAUUUGGGAUAGUGGGAACAAUUGUACCCAACUAAAGCUUAAAGGCAAUGAUCAAUUGAACUAUUAGUGUCUCAGUCUGUUGUGUAUUGUGUAUGCAGAACUACUGGUUUAAUGUUAUACCCGUGAGCAUAUAACGGGAAGCAGUGAGUAAUUACCUAUCUAGUAGAACCAAACCA